UACACACUCCUAAUAAUAAUUUAAUAUCAUAUAAAUUGACAUAAAAGUUAAUCUUUGUUACAUUAAGAAAUAAAAUAAAAGAUAAAGACGUCUUCAAAUAAAAUCAUAAUAUUGUUUCAUUUCAGUUGAUAUUUAGUUGGGAAAUCAGUCGUGCUAUGAGGUCGCAGUAUUUAAUUCUAUUCACUUGAUUAAUGUUAUUUUCAACAGUAAAAACCUCAUUAUAGUAGUGUAGUGGCGUGUUUUAGUUAACUAAAAUGUAUUUUAGUGUACGCAAACUAGUUAGUGCUUAUAGUAUAAAAAAUACAAAGUGUUUUUGUCGAUUUUACCAAACGGAUAAUGUAUUUGGCUAUAAAAAGAAACCUUUAAAUGAAUUCAACGUAUCCCAAAAAGUAUUGGAGAAAAGAUGUGAGUCAAGCAACUUGUACAGGCUGGUUAGUGCAUACAGAAAAUAUGGACACAAAUAUGCUAAAGUUAAUCCUGUAUGUUUAGGAAAAACAAAUUUGAAUGAUCUUGAAUUAGACAUAAGGAAAUAUGGAUUUAAGAAUACAGACGAAGUAAUAUAUACAGAAAGUAUAGUAAAUGGCAUAGAGGAGUCUACAAUACCACUAAGUGAACUUGUAAAGUUCUUGGACAAAGUUUACUGUAACUACACAAGUGCUGAAUUUGAAUAUUUAGAGACUGAAGAAGAGCGUGAGUGGUUUGCAUCUGAACUAGAAACUUCAUUAAAUUGGAAAAUAGAUGCCAAUCAAAAGAAAGAGAUUUUGAAAGACUUGAUAAAGUCAGAGGCGUUCGAUAAUUUUUUGGCAAAGAAAUUUUCAGGUGUUAAAAGAUACGGUGGUGAAGGCGCAGAAAGUAUGAUGACAGUCCUUAGUGAAUUAUUUCAAUCAGCAGCUAAAGACAGUUUGGAGCAUAUUGUAUUGGCAAUGCCCCACAGAGGUCGUUUAAAUCUUUUGACAGGUCUAUUAAAUUAUCCACCUACCCAAAUCUUCCAUAAACUGAAAGGGAAUGCUGAUUUUCCAGAAAAAUAUCAAUGUUCCGGAGAUGUCUUGAGUCAUUUAAUUUCUUCAGCGGAUCUGAUAUAUCCUGAUGAUAGUUCUGUUCAUGUAUCUUUGAUCUAUAACCCUUCUCAUUUAGAGGCUGUUAACCCUGUGUCCAUGGGAAAAACCAGAGCAAAACAGCUAGCACUUAAAGAUGGAGAUUAUGGAACACACAAUGUAUGGAGUGAUAAAGUUUUAAAUAUACAGGUUCACGGUGAUGCUGCUAUAAUCGGCCAAGGAGUAAAUCAAGAAUGUCUGGAGCUCAGUGGCGUGCCUCAUUUCGAAAUAGGGGGCAGCAUUCACUUGGUGGUCAAUAAUCAAGUUGGUUUUACCACGCCGUCUGACAGAGGAAGAUCGUCACGGUAUUGCACAGAUUUGGCCAAAAUUAUUUCAGCCCCUGUAUUACACGUAAAUGGUGACCAUCCAGAGGAAGUAUACAAAGCAACAAGAAUAGCCUACCAGUACCAAAGGAAAUUUCGGAAAGAUAUUUUUAUUGAUCUUAACUGCUUCAGAAGGUGGGGGCACAAUGAAAUGGAUGAUCCUACCUUUACCAACCCAGCCUUGUACUCUAUCAUCCACUCAAAAAGAUCAGUUCCUCAACUGUACAAAGCAAAAUUGGAAGAAGAAAGAGUUAUCAGUGAGCAAGAGUGUGAAGAAGUGUACAACGAACAUUUUGAUUGGUUAAAUGAAGAACUGAAAGCUGUCGACCAAUGGGAACCAUACGAUCCAUAUUUCAAGGAUCACUGGAAAGAUAUUACCCAAGCAGAGGAGGCUGUAACAACAUGGGAUACAGGAAUUAACGUUAAUCAUAUGAGUUUCAUAGGACAAAAAUCUGUAAAUGUGCCUGAUAAUUUUAAAAUUCAUCCUACAAUUUUGAGAGGACAUGUAACAAAUAGACUUUCCAAAAUAGCUAAUGGUCAAGAAAUUGAUUGGUCCACAGCUGAAGCACUAGCACUAGGUUCACUACUUUUAGAAGGCCAUAAUGUUAGAAUAAGUGGGCAAGACAUAGGGAGGGGUACUUUUUCCCAAAGACACGCCAUGUUAGUUGACCAGCAGUCAAACAACAUUUUCAUACCACUGAAUAACAUGCACCCAAACCAAACAACAUUUUUAGAACUAGCAAAUAGUAUUUUAUCUGAAGAGGCGGUCUUGGGAUACGAAUAUGGAAUGAGCAUAGAAAAUCCGAAUAACAUCAUUAUUUGGGAAGCCCAAUUUGGUGACUUUUUCAAUGGGGCACAAAUUAUUUUCGAUACUUUUAUUAGUUCAGGAGAAGCAAAAUGGAUAACACAAAGCGGUCUAACUGUGUUACUUCCUCAUGGGUAUGAUGGUGCAGGACCGGAACACAGUUCUGCCAGAAUAGAGAGAUUUCUUCAAAUGACUGAUUCAAAAGAAGACAAAGUUGAUGGCGAAACUGUCAAUAUGCAGGUGUGUCACCCUAGUACUCCGGCGCAGUACUUUCAUUUACUAAGAAGACAAAUGAUAAGACCAUUUAGGAAGCCACUUAUACUAUUUACACCAAAAACAUUAUUAAGAUCCGCAGACUGUGUAUCGAAUUUUACAGAUAUGGAAAAAGGAACACAUUUUAAACCAAUAAUAGGCGAUAAUAAAGUUGUCCCUGCUAAAGUACAAAGAGUCCUGCUCACUUCAGGAAAACAUUAUUACACUUUAGAUCAAGAAAGAGGCACUAUAGGUGUAGACGAUACGGCAAUCUUAAGAAUAGAGUCAUUUUGCCCCUUCCCGACGUUAGAACUUAUUAAGGAACUGUCAAUAUACCCCAACUCAAAAGUUUUUAUAUGGUGCCAAGAAGAACCACAAAAUAUGGGCGCUUGGGCAUUCAUCAAAAGAAGAUUUGAAAAUUUAAUAGGACGGCCAAUUAAAUUUUGUGGAAGACCUACAUCAGCUACUCCAGCUGUGGGUGUAGGAAAAGUUCACCAGCAACAACAUUCUGAAAUUAUCACUAAACCUUUUAUUAUGUAAAAAAUAAUUUUCAUUUUUUACUGUAUUUUAUAUUUUUUUACAAUAUUUACAAAUACUAAAUAAAAAAUAAAAUAUAUUAUCAAA